UAUAGAUAUUUCCAUCCUCUCCUUGGUCCUGCGCCACUGCACAAGUAUCGCUGCUGCUGCUGCUUGCUUCACGCGUCGCCGGAGUCUGGUCGACGGUGGGAUCCCGUGCAUUUAACCAUCUACGAGCUCCAUGGCCGCAAACUAACUGAGCUAGCACGUCCUGCGUCGCAUGGAGGUGGCUCUUGUGAGUGUGGCCACGGGGGCCCUUAACUCCGUCCUGGAGAAGCUGGGCACUCUGCUGGUCGACGAGUACAAUCGUCUCAAAGGGGUGUGCGGUGAGAUUAAGUUUCUAACUGAUGAGCUUACUGCCAUGCAUGCCUUUCUCCUUAAGAUGUCGGAGGAGGAGGAUCUUGACGUGCAGGACAAGGUAUGGAUGACCAUGGUGCGGGAGCUCUCCUAUGAUAUAGAGGACUCCAUUGACGACUUCAUGCAAGGUCUCGACCACAAAGACGCUAAGCCGGAUGGCUUCAUAAAGAAGAUCAAACACAUUCUGGGGACAUUGGGGAAGAGGAAGGCUCACCAUCGGACGUUCCAAGAUUUGAAGAAUCAAGUCAUUGAGGCGGGCGAGAGGAAUCAAAGGUACAAGACAACUCAGGCCUUCUCCAACACAAAAAAUGCAACCGUUGACCCUAGGGCUCUUGCUAUCUUCGAGGAUGCCUCAAAGCUUGUCGGUAUUGACGAACCCAAGGCUGAGAUAAUCAGAUUGUUGACAGAAGGGAAUGUAUAUGCGCCAGUGCAACAACAACAACCAAAAAUACUCUCCAUAGUUGGAUCAGGAGGAAUGGGCAAGACAACUCUUGCAAACCAAGUGUAUCAAGAUCUUAAAGGAAAAUUUGAGUGUCGGGCUUUCGUAUCAGUGUCACGAAAUCCGAACAUGAAGAAAAUCUUGAGAACUAUUCUCAGUGAAGUGGCAAAUAAAGAUUAUGCCCAUACCAAAGCUAGGGAUGAACAACAACUUAUCUCCAAGAUCUCUAGUUUCCUUGUUGACAAAAGGUACUUUGUUGUUGUUGACGAUAUCUGGGAUGUGGAUACAUGGAAUAUUAUUAAGUGUGCAUUCCCCACUACAAGUUCUAGCAAUAGAAUAAUCACAACUACACGUAUGAACAAUGUCGCUCAUUUAUGUUGUUCAUCACUAAAUGGCCAUAUUUAUAAUAUAAGGCCUCUCGAUAUGGGGCACUCAAGGCAGUUAUUUCACAGAAGAAUAUUUAAGUCUGAUGAAGAUUGCCCUUCCCACCUUCAAGAAAUUUCUAAGAAGAUAUUAAGAAAAUGUGAUGGGUUGCCAUUGGCGAUCAUUGCUAUAUCUGGUUUGUUGGCUAACAUAGAUAAAACAGAGGAUCUAUGGAAUGAAGUGAAAGAUUCAAUUGGGCGUGCACUUGAAAGGAAUUCUAGUGUUGAAGGCAUGAUGAAGAUAUUAUCACUUAGUUACUUUGAUCUGCCUUCUUAUCUAAAAACAUGCCUCUUAUAUCUGAGCAUAUAUCUGGAAGAUUCUACUAUAGAGAUGGAGGGCUUGAUAAGAAGAUGGAUUGCUGAAGGAUUCAUUCACAGAGAAGGCAAGUACAGUGCAUAUGAGUUUGGAGAAAGGUGUUUUAAUGAACUGCUCAAUAGGGGAUUGAUCCAACCUGGGGAGAUAGAUGUAUAUCAAAAUGUGAAGAGUUGUCGAGUUCAUGACACAAUUCUUGACUUCAUCAUAUCCAAGUCUAUAGAAGAGAACUUUGUUACUAUACUUGGGGUUCCCACUCUGACAAUUAGGAACCAAAGCAAAGUUGUUCGCCGACUCUGUGUACAAGGUGUCGAGAAAGGAAAUUCAGCAGUAUUGAUAGCAGAUCUCGUGUUUUCCCAUGUCCGAUCACUUACUAUGGUUAGGGGUCUAUUGGAAAUCCCUUCUUUGGAGGAGUUCAGACAUCUACAUGUUCUUGACUUGAUGAAUUGCUCCGAAUUGGAAGAUCAUCAUCUUGAAAAUAUAGUGAGGUUGUUCCAGCUGAGGUACCUAAAUCUCAAAUGUACAGAAAUAAGCAAGCUCCCAGAACAAAUUGGUCGUUUAGGAUGCUUAGAGGUGCUGGACCUAACAGGGACAUAUGUAAAGGAAUUACCUGCAUCUAUUGUUAACCUCAGAAAAUUGAUGCAUCUACUUGUUAAUGAUUUUGUUAAAUUUCCUGAUGGGAUUGCAAAGAUGCAAGCAAUAGAGACGUUGAAAGUUGUCAAUGCCUCCAUUCAGCCAUUAGACUUCCUGUGCGGCCUUGGUCAACUAAUGAAUUUGAGGAAUCUGCGGAUUCACCUUGAUUUCGGAUUUGAUUCUGACACUGAGGAUACAAAUAUGGUUGGGGGGGAGCACAACAAAGCUAUUGUCUCCUCCCUGUAUAAGCUAGGCACCCAAAAUCUCCGCUCCCUGACUAUUGGGGAUCGGAGCGGCCUCUUACAUGAGGAAUCUUUGUGCCUGCCUACCCUCGAUAACCUUUUUAUAUGGUUUCCAGCCUUCCCGCAGCCGACAUGGGUGGGCUCCCUCAGAAACCUCCAGCAGCUACGCCUUGUUGUGAAGAGGUUCAAGCAGGACGACCUCUGCACCCUUGGGGCUUUACCCAGUCUGCUCGUUAUGUAUCUGGUGGAACAAACAGAGUCAAGCGGAAAGCUCAGAUUCAGUGGUGAGGUUGGGUUCCGAUUCUUGAAGAUUUUUAUUUAUGGCGGAUGUUUGGAACCAGUAGAUCUGAUGUUUGGGACAGGAUCCAUGCCAAAGCUUGAAAAACUAGAGCUUAAUGCGUUUUGCAUGGUUGAAGCUAACUCUCUCGGCUUUGGAAUUGAGAACCUCCCCUGCCUCGCUAGUGUUAAAUGCAUUAUGGUUGUUGGUGAUGAUGGCAUUGUUGAAGCUGUGAAGACUGCCAUGGAGAGAGGAGCCAGCACACAUCCCAACCACCCUAGUCUACUCUUUCAGAGACGUUGAGUAAACAAGGCAAUAACCGGGGAGUUGUUGCUAUUCGUCGUCCGGCAGGCAUUGCAUGUUCUGAAGUUUAGUGUUUGUUGAGCCGUUGGUGUUGUUAGAUUUUCAUAAAAAAUCUACUCUUUGGGAGAUUUCAGUGAUAAUUUUAACAAAGAAGCCAACAACAGGGGAGUUGCUUCUGCUUGUAUUCCGGCCAGCCGGUUCUGAAGUUUAAUAGUGUUUGGCUCGAUUCAUCUCUCUUUUA